AUGGCUGAUAUCGCACCAGCUGCGGAUGCCACCAAGAGUGCGCCCAACAACCACAACGAGAAGAUGGACAUCUCCAGUGGGGACAACUCCAUGAUGGGAGAUCACUCGGUGGACAAGGCUGAGGGCACCACCACCGACCUGGAGGAGCAGGGCGCCGCUCACUUCCACCGUCUGGGAUGGAAGCGCCUCACAGUCGUCCUCAUCGUCGAGGCCAUCGCCCUCGGCAGUCUGAGUCUCCCCGGCUGCUUCGCCACCCUCGGCAUGGUCGCUGGUGUCAUCACCUGCGUCGGUCUCGGUCUCAUCGCCAUCUACACUAGCCACGUCGUAGGUCAGGUCAAGAUCAAGUUCCCCAAGGUCACCCACUACGCUGAUGUCGGCACCCUCCUCUGGGGCCGCACCGGUUACGAGAUCAUCGGCUUCAUGUUCUCCAUGCAGCUCAUCUUCCUCGUCAGCUCGCAUACUCUUACCGGUACCAUCGCCUUUGGAAACAUUACUGAUAAUGCCACCUGCUCCGUCGUCUUCGCUGUCGUCUCCGCUAUCAUCCUUCUCCUGUUGGCUGUCCCUCCCUCAUUCGCCGAGGUCGCCAUUCUCGGAUACAUCGACUUCGUCUCUAUCAUCCUGGCUAUCGGUGUGACCAUGAUCGCCACCGGCAUCCAGGCUGGUGACCAGACCGGCGGAAUGUCCGCAGUCAACUGGUCCGCCUGGCCCAAGGAGGACAUCACCUUUGCCGACGCCAUGAUCUCCGUCACCAACAUCGUCUUCGCCUACAGUUUCGCCAUCUGCCAGUUCUCCUUCAUGGAUGAGAUGCACACCCCCAAGGACUACGUCAAGUCCAUCUGGGCUCUGGGUAUCAUUGAGAUCAUCAUCUACACCCUCACCGGCGCCAUCAUCUACUCCUUCGUCGGCCAGGACGUCAAAUCCCCCGCCCUCCUCUCCGCCGGCACCCUCAUGUCCAAGGUGGCCUUUGGUAUCGCCCUCCCCGUCAUCUACAUCUCCGGCUCCAUCAACACUACUGUCGUCGGCCGCUACAUCCACGGGCGCUACUACAAGGACUCGGUCAUCCGCUACAUCAACACCAAGGCCGGCUGGAUCUCGUGGCUCACCCUCAUCACCGCCAUCACAGUCCUGGCCUUCAUCAUCGCUGAAGUCAUCCCCUUCUUCAGCGACCUCCUCUCCAUCUCCUCCUCGCUGUUCAUCUCCGGCUUCACCCUCUACUUCCCCUCCAUCAUGUGGUUCGUCCUCAUCCGCGAGGGCAGCAUCUGGGACCCCAAGAACAUUCUUCUCACCGUCGCCAACGCCAUCAUCUUCGUCAUCGGCAUUAUCGUGCUAGUUGGCGGCACCUACGCUAGCAUCGUCGAUAUUAAAAAGAAUUUCGACGAGGGAACCGUCCGCGGCGUCUUCACCUGCAGCCCCAUUGGUUAA